AUCGUCUUUGUCCAUGGCCUCCAGGGACACCCACGGGAUACCUGGACGGGCCAAGGAGACGAUGUUUUCUGGCCAAGAGACUUGCUUAAGGAUGACUUCCCUAAGGCAAGAGUUAUGACGUUUGGCUACAACACCAAUGUCACCAGAGGCUACACGGCGGCACAUCAAGGCAACAUCUUUUCCCACGCAAGAGAUCUCCUGUAUGCAUUAGAGAGGAAGAGGAGGAAGGCAGCAGACCGGGAUCUGGUCUUUAUCGCGCAUUCGCUUGGUGGGAUCUUGGUAAAAGAAGUGUUG